GACAGCGUCGGCGGAGGAGGGCCUGGUGCCGUAAAGGGCGCCGCUUUCCGGCCGCGGCUGGCUGCCUCUGUGCCUCUCUCCCUCUCUCGCUGGCUGCCAGGCUGCCUGCCUGCCUGCCUGCCUUCGGGGGCGAUGCUGCUGACGGUCUUCUGCCUGCGGCUCGACCGCUCGGAGCUGACCUUCUCCCUGCAGGUGGACGCCGACUUCGAGCUGCAGAACUUCCGCGCCCUCUGCGAGCUGGAGUCCGGGAUCCCCGCCGCCCAGAGCCAGAUUGUCUAUGCGGAGCGGCCCCUGACGGACAACCACCGGUCGCUGGCAUCUUACGGCUUGAAAGAUGGGGACGUGGUGAUACUGCAGCAGGUGGAGAAUGCCGAGACACGGCCGCCAGCCCCUUUUCCUGGUUUGCCCAGGAUAGACUUCAGCAGCAUCGCAGUGCCAGGAAGUUCUUCUGCCCCUCCGACCCAGCUGCCCCCACAGCCCCCGGCCACCCCGCGCCCCCGGCCUUCUCCUCCGGAGCUCCCUUCCACUCCUCAGGGCCUGGACAACCCGGCGCUCUUGCGGGACAUGUUGCUGGCCAACCCCCACGAGCUCUCCCUCCUGAAAGAGCGCAACCCGCCCUUGGCAGAGGCUCUGCUCAGCGGAGACUUGGAGAAAUUCACCCGGGUGCUGGUGGAGCAGCAGCAGGACCGAGCCCGUCGGGAGCAGGAGAGAAUACGCCUCUUCUCUGCUGACCCUUUUGAUCUGGAAGCUCAGGCCAAAAUCGAGGAGGACAUCAGGCAGCAGAACAUUGAGGAGAAUAUGACCAUUGCCAUGGAGGAGGCCCCGGAGAGCUUUGGCCAGGUGGUGAUGCUCUACAUCAACUGCAAGGUCAACGGUCAUCCCGUCAAGGCAUUCGUGGACUCAGGAGCACAGAUGACCAUCAUGAGCCAAGCGUGUGCGGAAAGGUGCAACAUCAUGCGGCUGGUAGACCGGCGGUGGGCAGGCAUUGCCAAAGGAGUGGGCACCCAGAAGAUCAUUGGCAGGGUGCACCUGGCUCAGGUUCAGAUUGAAGGGGACUUCCUGCCAUGCUCCUUCUCUAUCCUGGAGGAACAGCCCAUGGACAUGCUUCUCGGGCUAGAUAUGCUCAAGAGGCACCAGUGCUCUAUAGAUCUCAAGAAGAACGUGCUGGUGAUCGGCACCACGGGCUCCCAGACGACCUUCCUGCCUGAGGGGGAGCUCCCUGAGUGUGCCAGGCUGGCCUAUGGGGCAGGGAGGGAGGACGUGCGGCCCGAAGAAAUCGCAGACCAGGAGCUGGCAGAAGCCCUGCAGAAGUCUGCAGAUGAAGCAGAGAAUAGUGACCAAGAAACUACCUCACUAGAAACGCCAUCGUUACCAACGCCAGAUGGAUUCAAACGUCCCGUCCGUUAUCCAGAGAUUGGUCCAAAGACCAAUAACCCUAGAAGCCGAAUACUUGACCGUUCAACCUCUGCUCCUUCAGUUUGCUCUCGCAGGAGCAGUCAGGCUAAGACUGUUAAUCGUAGAGCUGUAAAGUCUGAGGAUUCUCUUCCUGACUCUUCAGGAACGCUGGAAAAUGGAGAUCUGCCUCUGCCAGUGGUUUCUGAUCCCGUUGCUUCUGCCAAUGUCGGUGCUGCUCCAGCUGGGAAAAGUGGAAGAGAGUCCUCCCGCAGUCCAACUAUUCCUUCACAGACCGCCUCUGAAAAGCCGGCUGCUUGCUUCGGUCUACAAAAACCAAAUUCUCAAGAGGAGCUUCUUACUUUGGAGCCUCCCGUUGAAGGAGGAGGAAGCAGCGUAUCUAACAGACAGACAAAAGAACUGGUUGGACCCUUCCUUCUGGAGCAUGCGGAAGGGGAUCCAGUGCAUGAGCUUCACUUAGAUCUCAAGACGUGUGGAAAACCUGGAAACAAAGAACUGUUUCAGAAGGAACAGAAUGAGCCCAAAGCUGAAGAACGUCUGAGCCCAGAGGCCGCUUCCCCGUUGCGUCCGAAUGCAGAGCCAAGCCUUGGUGAUGCCCUUUCUGAGGGAAGAGGCGGCCCGGAGGAAGGAGCGAUGGGGCUUUCCUGGCAGGAGGAAAGGAGGCCAGGACAUGCUGCGUACCCGUGCCCUGGGAGUGAAACCUCCAUGGAAGUGGAUGCUGCAGAGGAGUUUCUUGUUGCUGCCAGUGACCCUUCAGAGAAGCCAAAUGUCUCAUCCAUGGAUACCGACUCACAGGGCUCCAUAAUGGAGGUGGAGCUCUCAAAGCGUGACUCUCCUUCACCUCCUGGGAGUGAUCUGAUGCCAUCUGGAAGUACAGGCUUUGAAUCGGCUGUAGUCAGCCUUUCGGUGGCGUCGUCGUCUGUGUCUGGAGGCCAGCUGAGCGACCCGGGGGAAGAGCCAUGCCUCUCCCUCACCUCUGCCUUGAAAGAGCUCCACCAGCUCCUGGUUGUCAGUUCCAAACAGGAGAUGGCCAUUUCUCCGCUGGCACCUGUUCCAGAAGCGCAAGCUGCCGAGAAUGAGGUUUCUCCAGAGGAACGUGAAUGCACCCAUCCAGAUAGCCAGGACGCAGGACUCUCCUUUCCUGAACGUGUGAGCGUUGAGGCAUUGGCAGGGAUGCAAACAUUCGCAGCUGGAGCGGAGAGCAUUGACGUGCGGGAGAUCCACCGGUCAGCUGUGAGCUGUGAGCGGGAGGCAUUGGUUGUUCAAGAGUCUUCAGCGUUUUUGAGGUCCUCGACCACUCUGGAGCAGCGCUGGAGGAGCGAAUGCUGCCCAUCCUCCUCUGACCAGGUUCUUGCUCCUGGAGCUUCAGGAGAGAGCCAGCCUCCUCCCUGCAGCCUCUCAGACCCACAGGAUGCGCCUCAGAGCACCCAGCACUCUCUCCCAGAAGACACGGGAGCACCCAGCAUCCCCUGCGCCGCUCUCCAGAGCCCUCCGGACCCAGCGGCUGAGCUGUUGCCAUCUCCAUCAGUUGCCUCCCCCAGUCCAGCGGCUCCUCGGCUCCCCGUUUUCCCUGCUGCAGACAUCGAUCAGCUUGUGGGCGCUGGCUUCACAGCCCAGGAAGCCGGAGAGGCCUUGGAGCGCGCGGGUGGAAACGCAGACCUGGCCCUCCUCAUUCUGCUCGCCAAGAAUAUUGUCGUCCCAACAUAAGCGCCAGAAGGCAUCUCCCCAACUGCUGGUCUCUACUUCCUUCAGACAAACAAAAAAGGUCCCUUGGCUGCCUAGAGGCUCCUUGCUUUGGAUGAAUGAGCCGUACUCUUCUUUUUUAUUUUUAGGAAGGGCGGGGAAAGGAAAACAGAUCCUUUAUUUUCAACCAAAGUCCCCUCUGUUUUCCCUUGUUGAAUUUAGGCCUUUUUAAAGACGCAAAAUACUGGUAAUUGUGUCAACUCACUAGCUUUUAUUAUGAUGAUGACGAUGAUUAUUAAGGCGAUGUAUAGUGGAAUAAAGAGUCUUUAUUUAAAUGC